UAACACUUCCAAAUACAACAAAAGAAAAGAGGUAUGGGAUUGGGGGGUUGAUGGCUGAUGAGUAGCGAUGGAAGAGUACAGCAGCGGCUCAGCCUCUACUCGCUCUGCUCAUCCAGUAUCAAGGCAUGGAUCCAGCCGCUGAUCUGCCUUUCAUAUCUCAACUUUCUACCAAAAGCUGUCACUCUCCAGAAGAGAAUCAUGGAGGAAGUGUACGGUCUCAAUUCGACGUCCGACUACUCCGACAAGGUGCUGAUGUCGCCGGAGAAUCUGAUACUGCCGGCGGAUUACCAGAGCUUCUUCUCCUCCGCAGCCGCCUUUCGUGACUAUCGGAUUCCCGUGUUUGGAUCGAACGAGCUAAUUUCGGUGGCUUCUGCUAUAUCAGAGACUGCUUCGAUCACGCCCGAAAUUCAACGAGAAGAAGAUGUGUCUUCUGUGAUCAAAGCCAAAAUCGCUUCCCAUCCUUGCUACCCGAGAUUGCUCGAAGCUUACAUCGAUUGUCAGAAGGUAGGGGCGCCUCCGGAAAUUGCGUGUCUGUUAGACGAAAUCCGGCGAGAAAACGACGUUUGUAAGAGAGACGCUGUUUCAACGUGCUUAGGAGCCGAUCCUGAGCUCGACGAGUUCAUGGAAACAUACUGUGAUAUGUUGGAGAAGUAUAAAUCAGAUCUCGCAAGGCCUUUUGAUGAAGCUACGACCUUCUUGAACAAGAUUGAAAUGCAGCUGGGCAAUCUCUGCAACGAUGCAUCCAUACGAAGCCUUCCCGAUGAAGCUGUUGUGUCGUCUGAUGAGGAUUUUAGUGGAGGAGAGGAGGUACAAGAGGCUCAACCAAGGGGUGAAGACCAAGAACUUAAGGAGAGGCUCUUACGGAGGUUUGGUGGUCGAAUAAGUUCCCUCAAGCUGGAGUUUUCAAAAAAGAAGAAAAAGGGAAAGCUGCCAAAAGAAGCAAGGCAAACACUACUUGAGUGGUGGAACCUUCAUUAUAAAUGGCCAUACCCAACGGAAGCUGAUAAAAUUGCACUUGCUGAAACAACGGGUCUGGACCAGAAGCAAAUUAACAAUUGGUUUAUAAACCAACGAAAGCGGCACUGGAAACCAUCAGAGAACAUGCAAUUUGCUGUUAUGGAUAACCAUUCAGGACAAUUCUUUACAGAUGACUGAGGUGCUUGUAUAUUCUUAAAUGUGCAUACUCAUAAUCCAAUGCUUGUGUUGGGCUCAUGUGUAUAUCCUGAAAUAUGAUGUCCAGGAAGUUGAAAUAUUUGUUUUCUGAAAAGAAAAAAGAAAAAAAAAAUCCCUAUUUUGCUUAAUGUAUAUUCUCGAACUUGACCUAUACUGAUAAUGAAAUGCUUACAUAGUUUGAAUGACUAA